CACGACCUCGCGUAACCUGUCAUUGCAAUCCGAGCAGCGCCUGCUGCAACGUGAACGUGCGGUCUGCUGCAAACGGGAGCGAGUUUAUUGCUUCUGGACGGAAAAUGUUUGUGCAAGCUUGUGAUUUCAGCGAUUCUACAUCCAGAACACAUUGUUUAAACACAGUCACAACAACAACAACUAUAUAUUGUGUUUCUUCAAAUGUGUAUAAAUGAGCUAGUUACUUACUCUUAUUAGGACGUUAGUAUUGUAUGUACUCUUACUAUAUUGUGAUUAUCGAACUGUGUACAUGGACAUAUUUUAGUAAAAGUUGCUCUGAAGGUAUUGUAUAUUUUAUCUGCUCUUACUGCAUUGUGAAAUAUGUAUAUUUUGUGAGAGCUGUAAGUCGCCCUGAGUGAGGGCGUCUGCUAAGAAAAUGAAUAAGAAAAAGAAGAAAAACAACAACAACAAAACGCAACGGAAUUAUUUCUUAAAUCGUGAAGUCACGCCCGUGACGAGGACAAUAGAAACAUGUCAUCUUAACGAAGAUUAUGGAUCCAACAAUGUACAGGGAAAUAUUACUGUACAAGACAAUGGGAAAAUACCCCGAGAAGGCCAGGAAGGGGGGAAAAUUCAUCAUCCGGAGGCGUGCAGGACAAUAUGUGGUUCAAGAUGGAGAGCUCUAUUAUAUAUGUAAGAAGGGUACAGAGCCAUCAAUGAAGGUGAAGGUGGUCAAAGGCACUGAAGAGGCAGACAGUCUCUUCCUGGAAUUUCAUGCAAGUGCUAUAGGGGCACACUGUGGCCAACACAGAACCAGAGAGGCAAUUUCCUCCAGAUAUUACUGGCCUGGAAUGGGUUCCAGUAUUGAUAAUUGGCUGCCGUCCCGAGAGCCAGAGGGGGUGGAGCUGCAGUCCCGAGAGCCAGAGGGGGUGGAGCUGCCGUCCCGAGAGCCAGAGGGGGUGGAGCUGCAGUCCCGAGAGCCAGAGGGGGUGGAGCUGCAGUCCCGAGAGCCAGAGGGGGAGGAGCUGCCGCCGCCCGAGCAAGAGGGGAAAGAGGUGAAGAGCCCGCCUCCACCACAGCCCCGACCACCACCCCUGCGGUCCAGUCCGGCACCGCCGCUGUGUGCGGUCCCUCGCCCCUUGCUCCUGGACACCCUUCCGGUUUGCUUGGACCUCCCUUCGCUAGACCUGGAGCCCAGGAGUCUGCAGAACCGGUCACAGUUCUCCACCUGGUUCCAUGCUCCGCUCCUCCCAAGCACCAAGACGUCGCUGCGCUGCUCCCAGACGGCGCUUGAGCUCCCCCUGGUCACUACUUUGCUCCCCCUGGGUGAUUGGACGUCGCUGCACCGGGCCCCGGCUGCAGACCUCCAGUGCCCCGGUUGUCGCGCCGGUCGCCCCUGACAAACCAGUGGGGUCCCUCGUCACAGGUGCGCGGUCCCUACCUGGCGGGGCCAGAACAUGGACCGGCCCACCCUCAAGUCCGCCCAUGGAAGAGGGUGAAAAGAGACAUUGAUGGACUCGAGGGUGGGUGGUUGUGUUUUAGGGGAGGAGGUGGCCGUCGAAUGGCCGGUGUCUUGAAAAGACAAGGGGGGGGGGAUAUGUGAGACAGCAGGGAGGGGGUUAAAGCCUCCCUGAAGAAAAACAUGUGCGGAAUGCACAUUUGUUUAGUUUAUUUGUUUUUGUUUAUUGUUUAAUUGUUUUGCCUUAUCGUUGAAUUUAAUUUGUUAAUUAUUUUAUUAUUAAUUAUCCCCUGCACCUGGUAAAUAUUGUCAAAUUAGGACCAGGUGCAGGGUAUUUAAGGGAGGCAGUUAGUCUGCUCAUGGCUGCUGAAUAAAAGGAGGCAAUAAGAGGUGCUCUGCUUCCGAGCAGUCAGGAGGAAAAGUAAGCGGUGUAAACCUGUGUGAUAUGGUCUGUUUGUGGUGUUGUGUUUGGUGGGGUGUCAGGGUGUUCCCGAAAGUUUAGUCACUGCUCAGAAAGAGCUAGGUGUUUAUUUUGUUUUGUUUGUAUUAAAAAUAGCGCGUCAGCGCGGGAAAAAAAAUCCAUUCCUGUGUCUUGGGUUGUGGUUUUAAA